CACUCUCUCUUCACCAUACAUAUUACACACAAGAUUUUCAUACUAAAAUAUUGCAAGAAAGAUACUCAUUCGGACAUUGUGGAUUGUUUGAGGAGAAACACCAAGCUUUGUGUUAUUUUUGCUCAUAGUGAAGAGAUUAAAUGGGGUCAACUUUGUUCGCGUACUUGAUGUAUAAUGGUGUUUGGGAGCGUGAAGGUAGAGAUUGGGUUUUUAAUGGAGCCGAAAAUUUAACGUUCGAGUUGGAGAAGGACAUAACUUACUCACAACUUGUUUAACUUUUGUACUCAGAGCUGGAGAUUGACAAAGUGCAGUAUGACCUGAAAUUAGAAGUGAAUUAUAAGUGCAUGAUAGGGUUAAUGUAUCGGCCUGAACUUAUAAGGAAUGACAAGGGUGUAAGCUUAUAUUUGUCAAUGCUUUUAAAGAAGCCAGAUGAAUUUGUUCCCCUUUUUGUGACUUUGGUGGAGAAGAAUAUCAUUGUUGAUCGUAAUCCUCCACCAAGUACUGUUAAGGAUACUCGUAGUGAGGUUGGGACUUAUGUUCCAGAAACAAAUCCGGAGGUGCUGGUAGCCACUGCUGUACCUGAAUCAAACCCUUUCAUACCGACAGUUGAUCAUGUAGCACAGAUGCCAUUUCAUGAUGAUUUUCCUGAUUGUCCUGACCCUGAAGAUGAUUUUGAGGGCAAUGACGAUUUUCCUGAUUAUCCUGAACCUGAUGCUGAUUUUGAUUGCAAUGAUGAUGUAAGAGACAACCAAGAAACAGAGGUUCAUUCUCAAGCUUUGAACCUGAGUCCACUGUCGUACCAAAUACCGAGGCAAACAACAUGUAGACGUGGACCCCGUAGAGAAGAUCGCCAAACACCUGGUACUAGUAGUAGUCGUCUAGAUGGAACAAAUGAUGCUAGAGAAUUUAUCAUGCCUUCCGAGGAUGCCUUUGACAUAUACACAAACACCAAAGCUCCUGCAAGCAAAAGAAAAUGA